GCCCAGAGGCUGACGGUGGAUUACAGCGGCAAAAGGCUACUGCUGAACGGCGGGUGGCAAAGUCUAGCAGCCGGAGAGCUGGAAGCCUGCGACCGGAGACCCAGAGAGCUAGCAGCCGGAGAGCCAGAGAGCCAGCAGCCGGAGAGCCAGAUAGCUAGCAGCCGGAGAGCCAGAGAGCUAGCAGCCGGAAAGCUGGAAAGCUUACAGCCGGAGAGCCAGAGAGCUAGCAGCCGGAGAGCUAGAGAGCCAGCAGCUGGUAAGCUAGAAAGCCUGCAGCCGGAGAGCCAGAGGCCGCAGGACCGCGGCGAUACGGAAAAGAUGGAAGCUGAUCCCCUGCAAGGAGCUCAUUUACAACUCAGUCAGGACAUCUCUGAUCCCGGAAUGAAGAAACACAACAGAAAUCAGUGGGCCAAGAAAGCAGAGUACUUCUUGUCUGUUGCCGGAGGUAUCGUUGGAUUGGGAAAUGUCUGGCGGUUUCCUUACCUGUGCUACAAAAAUGGAGGAGGGGUGUUCUUAGUUCCCUACUUGUUCUUUCUGAUGACCUGCGGCGUGCCAUUGUUUCUACUUGAAACAGCUUUGGGACAGUAUAUAAGUAAAUCUGGCGUCAUCUGCUGGGAAGACAUCUGUCCUUUUUUUGGAGGUAUUGGCUAUGCCAAUGAGAUUGUUACUUUUUACUCAAGUAUAUCAUACAUCAUCAUUUUAGCCUGGGCCUUUUUCUACCUUUUCCAUUCGCUCAGCCAGGAGCUGCCUUGGGCCGUUUGCAGCAACACAUGGAAUACAGCAUCCUGCAAGGAGUUUAACAAGACAAAGCUUUUCAGCAACUGGACGAAGGUGGACAAUGCAACCUCACCAGCACUGGAAUUCUGGGACAGGCGGGUGUUGAACAUCUCUGGAGGGAUUGACAAACUAGGCAGCCUGAACUGGGAAAUGGCACUGUGCCUUCUGCUCGCCUGGAUUAUCUGUUACUUCUGUAUCUGGAAGGGUGUGAGAUCUGCAGGAAAGGUGGUGUAUUUUACGGUCUCAUUCAUUUACAUUAUGCUGAUCAUCCUCUUGGUGCGAGGACUCACUCUCCCUGGGGCCAAGGAUGGUAUUAUUUACUACUUGUAUCCAGAGCCAUCUCGACUUGCAGACCCUCAGGUCUGGAUGGAAGCUGGAACUCAGAUUUUCUUCUCAUACACUCUCUGUCUUGGUGUCCUAACAGCACUCAGCAGUUGUAACAAGUACUCAAAUGACUGCUACAGGGAUUGCGUUUACUUGUGCUUACUGAACAGUGGCACAAGCUUCUUGGCUGGCUUUACUGUUUUUUCUACAUUGGGCUUCAUGGCAUAUGAACAAGGAGUGCCCAUUGAUGAAGUGGCAGAGUCUGGUCCAGGUCUCAUCUUCAUUGUGUACCCAUAUGCUAUCUCUAUGAUGCCCGUCCCUCAGCUCUGGACAUUCUGCUUGUUUAUUAUGGUUAUACUUCUUGGACUGGACACACAGUUUCUUAGUGUUGAAAACAUCAUGAUAGCUGCCAAGGACAUGUUUCCUCAUUAUUUCCGAAAGGAAGGAAGGCUACAGGCUUUUCUGCUGAUUUUCUCAAUUUUUGGCUUCUUAGCUGGACUCCCAAUGGUUGCAGAGGGUGGGAUUUAUAUCUUCCAACUCAUUGACUACUAUGCCUGCAGUGGGACCUGUCUCCUGUUCAUCGCCAGCUUCCAGUGCAUUUGCAUCGGCUGGGUUUAUGGUGCUGAUCGCUUCUAUGACAACAUGGAAGACAUGAUAGGCUAUCGGCCUGGACCCUUCAUUAAAUACUGCUGGAUUUUCUUCACGCCUGUUGUUUGUAUUGGUACGUUUAUUUUUUCCCUGGUAGAUUACACCCCAUUAAAAUUUAACAACUCAUAUGAAUAUCCAGCAUGGGGAUACGCCCUGGGCUGGCUCAUCUCAUUGUCCUCUAUUAUUCCCAUGCCACUUUGGAUGCUUUUCAAAUUAUUCCGGGCAAAAGGAACACUGUGUGAGCGGUUCCAAUUACUCUGCCAAUCUAACAUUCAACCAAGAAAAUGUAAAAUGCUUGUGAAAUUAGAUGCAGAAUGCCCACUACAGCUGACCCAACGGUGCAAAGAGAUGGACAAGAACAAAGAACACCCAACAAUCAGGGGGAAGCAAAACCAAAAAGGACACCAGGGAGAUGCUGGACACCCAGGAUGUUGACUGUAAAUCAGAAACUUUGAGUUGGCUCUUCUAAAGUUCUGUAAGCUUCAGAGGUUUGUGUGGGAUCGGUAUGGACAAGAAUUGUGUUAUCUUCAUCUCUGGCCCUAGCUGAUCUUUAUUGAAACAUACCUGCGCAUUUCUCUGUUGAAAUGAACAGUGUUAUGAACUUGAAGAAGCUGAUUAAAAACAAUUCAAAUAAAGUGUAUGGUGUAUAUUUGUAUUGCCGUAUGAAUGUUAAUGUUUUACUUUAACUGCUGCAUACUUGUAAAUAUGCUCAGUGGUAAAUGGUUUUCAAAGGAAACUCUACUAAAUAACAAUUAAGUAGUGUUCAAAGCUACUUGCACCUUUCUAGUUACUACAAGUUUUUAUUGUACAGCCCCUAAUUAGAAAAAAACGGGAUGGUAUGGAAAAUGCAAAUAAAAAAAUGAAAAAUUACUUUGACUUUUAUUUCAUUGCAGACAGUAUAAACCCAAAAUAUUUCAUGUUUACUCUGGUUAGCUUCAUUCCAUUUGUUAACAUACUGUACAUAAUUUCCUGCAUUUUAGGCAUGCAACACAUUUGGUAAAUGCAUUCACCACUUUGUAAUGUUGCCAUUCCUAAGAUGAUUUGGCACUGAGGAUAUCAAGCAAUGAAGCGUUUCAGGUGUUGUUUUGUACCAUCCUUCCUGCAAACACAUCAUAAGGUGUGCAACAGUACGGGUCGUCGUUGUCACAUUUUUCGUUUCAAAA